CUUGAUCCUGGUCGCGGUGCCACGAUAGGUGGCAUGAUCUCAACUGGGUGCUCUGGAACCAAUGCGGUCAGAUAUGGAGCAGCAAGAGGCGAAUGGAUUCUUAACAUCACAGUGGUACUCCCGUCGGGCGAAGUGAUCAAGACGCGACAGCGCGCCUGCAAGUCAUCGGCAGGUUUUGAUCUCACCAAGUUGUUCAUAUGUGCAGAAGGCACCCUCGGAAUUAUCACGGAAGCUGCGUUGCGUCUAGCCCCCGUUCUGCCGAGCACCAUUGCCGUCGCGCAAUUCUCUGAUAUUCGGCAUGCAACUAAUGCAGUAUGUGACAUCUUGAACCACGGCGCAGCACUACGUAAGUCAGAAGCCCUUCAGAGGUGCUAA